CGAGCAGUUGCAGAUGAGAAUCAAGUGUUCGCUAGAACGGUAGUGAGAAUGAAGCUCUCACAAGGUGUUGCUAUUGCUUGGGUGGUAUUGUGCUGCUGUUUUGCGCAGCUAGAAGCGUACCGAAUCCUGUGCAUCUAUCCCAGCUCGGGCCGAUCGCAUGUACUCGUCGGGCAGGCACUACUGAAGGGUUUGGCUGCGCGCGGUCAUGACGUCACGAUGGUGAGCCCGUUCAAGCUUUCGAAACCGGUGCCCAACUACCGGGAGAUCGUGGUGCAGAAGGUCGACCUCGGGCAGAUGACGAGGGACUUUUUGCAGAAAAACACAGGCAACUCGCUCGGCGGUAUAGUGCAUCUCUUCCAGACCCAAUUCCGUACGGCCGAGAUGGCGAUGGAAGACGCCCAGGUACAGGCACUUAAGGACGAGCACUUCGAUCUGGUGAUUGUGGGGUUGUUUGUGGCAGACUUUGUGCUGGGAUUUGGGCCGCACUUUAACGCCCCAACGGUGGUGAUGUUUUCGGCCGGCCUGACAAAACUGACAUCCGACUAUGUCGGUAACCCGCGAGCCGUCGCAACGGUCCCGGCUAUGAUGAUCGGUGGCAGGGGUGCAAUGGAUUUUGCAGGCCGUGUCAAAAACUUCCUCUUUGCCGGUGUAGAAAAUGUGAUCAGCGCCUUGUCGGAGUACGUGCAGACGUCGUACUACGAGCAGUUCUUCCCGCCCGGUCGCUACCCAUCGUAUGCGGACUUGCGGCGCAAUGUUUCGCUCGUGCUGCUCAACACACACUUCUCGCAGGCUACACCGCGCCCCUACCUGCCCAACGUAGUGGAGGUGGGCGGACUGCAAAUCAAAGCCAAACCGGACCCACUGCCCGAGGACAUCCGCGAGUGGCUUGACGGUGCCGGCGAGCACGGUGUCGUGUACUUCUGUCUCGGGUCGAACCUCAAGUCAGCCGAUCUUCCGCAGGCGAAGCUGGACGCGAUUUUGAAAACUUUCGCGCAGCUGAAGCAACGCGUGCUGUGGAAGUGGGAGAGCGACCACAUUCCGAACGCGCCCCCGAACGUGCUCUCGAAAGCGUGGCUGCCGCAGGAUGACGUGCUGGCGCAUCCGAACGUUAAGCUGUUCAUCUCGCACGGCGGCCUGGGCGGUAUGGCCGAGGCCAAGUACCACGGUGUGCCGGUGCUGGGCAUUCCCAUCUUUGCCGAGCAGCACCAAAACAUCCAGUCCAUGAUCGACGACGGCGUGGCGAUGCAGGUGGACUACAAGCAGCUGGACGAGCGUACGUUUUCGCGUGCGGUCAACAUUAUGGUGCGCGAACAUCGGUUUGCCGAGCGGGCGAAAGCCAUUUCUGAGCUGUAUCGUGACCGACCGCAGAGUGCCAUGGAUCUCGCCUGCUAUUGGGUGGAGUAUGUCGCACGGCAUCGGGGCGCACCGCAGUUGCACUACCCGGGCGCCGAUAUGAACUUCUUCCAGCAGGAAUCGUUGGAUGUGAUUGCGUUCCUGGUCGCCAUCCUUUACGUAGUGUUCAAGGUGUCUAAGCUGGUGUUAAGGUUCGCCUACCGAAAGGUGUUCAAAUCGUCUCGAAAGACUAAGGUACAAUAAAAGCGGAGCAUAGUAACGGUGUCUGAUGAAGAUUUCAAUGCAAUCUCGUGGACACAUUUCGAACGGCGCCUAAGAUAAGACACUGACACAGCGAGAUGGUUCCAGAGUGCUUUUGCAGUAUUAUCUAGAAAUUGGUUCGUUGUUCAGCGCUAAAUCAAUCAAUUUUUAUGACAGCCCGCACCAUACGCGUGACACAGCGCGAAACGUUUGACAGAUGAAAUUGUUUCUAAGGAGCCUAAAAUUGUAACAAAACACAUCUACAAAAUAAAACCAUUCCAAGGGACUCCCCCCUCGACACGUA